AUGUCUUGUUUCGAGUCUUUGCAGCGUUUUACGUCAGGAUGUGCUAGUGUCGGCAGUCGAGUCCCGUCGUCGUCUUGCAUUGGCCCCGUGACCAGUUGUCUGUAUCGCAAAGCUCGCGGCCAUGCUGCCAUGACCGCCGACAUCACGCGCCUUCACAUCUCUCCUCUCACGCCUGCGCUUCUCGACUCCAUCCUCGCGCCGUCCGUCCGUCCCCUGGCGACGGACAUCUCCUUCCACACCAUCCCGACCUUCCCCGAAAACAGCUACGGCUACAUUAGCCUCCCAUCCAUGGAGGCAGACAAGCUGAAGAAGAAGCUGAAUGGCUCCUUCCUCAAGGGCAGAAAAAUGAAGGUCGAGGUCGCUCGUCCGCCGCCGCUGAGGACGAAAGACACAGAAGAAGACUCGGCCGGUGACACCAAAUCCACCCCGCAGAAAAAUUCCAAGAAACGCAAGGCUGAGGAUGGGGUCCUGGAGGGCUACGAACUGCCUGCCGAUCGCAAGGUAAAACGAGGUUGGACAGAACCAGCCAGUGUGAAGAAAGACAAGCGACUGCGCAAGGCAGACAAAAACAGUGAGAAAGAAGGCAAGAAACCGAAGGCCCAGGCCAAAUCCAAAUACAGCGACAAAGCAGAAUGCCUAUUUCGAACAAAGACUCCCCCCAAUCGGUUGCCCCCCGAAUCUGUCGGCAAGAAGAAGAAGUCGAAGAAGGGCAAGUCUCCAAAUGAGGUGGUGGUCCACGAAUUCGCGAAAUCCACUACACAUCCUACGUUUGUCAAGUCGGGAGAAGACGGGAAGAAGGUCACAGCCGAGUAUGUGGAAGGGAAAGGCUGGGUCGACGAGGAUGGCAACGUCAAAGAUCCUGUCAGCGACAAAAUCACAAAGCCGACCUAUCAACCCGGCAAGAAGGAUGGUGCCAAGGAGCUGGUGUCACUGAAGAAAGUCGAGUCUCCAAGCACAUCAAAGAAGAGAAAGAAAUCGCCCGUUCCAGAAGAAGAUUCGUCGACGGAAGAAACGAGCGAGGAUUCAGAAUCCGAUUGGACCUCGUCGAGCGGCAUCACGGACGACGAGUCCGAAUCUGAAAGUGAUGAGGAAGAAGAUACCACCUCUUCUGAUACGUCGUCGGAUGACGAAGACGAGUCUGAAUCGGAAUCGUCUGCGGAAUCGUUUUCGGAUGAGAGCGAGAGCCAGGAGUCAGAAACGAUGUCCGCCAAGCCUGAGAAGGCUGAUGAGGCUGCAGCGGAUGAAUCUGAUUCAUCAUCGUCAGUGGAAGGCUCCGACGAACCAAAAGCCGCGACGGAGCAAAAAGAAGUCCAUCCUCUGGAGGCCCUUUUCAAACGACCGGCGUCUUCUGAAAAGAAUAAGCCGGAAUCGGGAGUCGAUAGCGAAUUCACCUUUUUCGGAGGUAAUGACGACGAGGACGAAGAGGACACAGGUGGCGCAGUCGAACCGUUGACUCCAUUUACCAAACAAGACCUUCAAUCUCGAGGGGUACGAAGCGGCGCUCCCACCCCAGACACUGCCCUUGCCAAUCGCACCUCUAUUUGGAAUCAAGCGAGCGACGAGGAGAUGGAGGAUGUGGACGGCGACGAGGCUGGCACCACACCGUCCAAAACUCGCGAGUCUGGGCCAGGAAAACCAGAAGAGAGCGAGUUUGCGAAGUGGUUUUGGGAACACAGAGGCGAGAAUAAUAGGGCCUGGAAGAGAAGGCGACGGGAGGCUGCAAAGGAGAAGAGACAGCAGGAGAAUCGGCGGAAGGGAUUGAAGGGUCGUUCAUAG